GUAUGGGGUCUCUUGGUGUUCCCAUAGCACCUCAUUGAGGGGGAGAUGGAUCCCGCUGAUCCUGAAGCCGCUCUCCCCAUAGCACUUGUGGUCCCAGAGCGGCUUCAUGCUUCACCCCACACCAGAGCUUCAUUUCCUGUUUAUGGUGCCAGAUUAAGGAGCUGUAGGGGGGAUUCAAGUGGGCCCAGCUGUGGGGCUGGAGCCGCAGCCCUAUUUAAGGCCCGGCCGCAGCCUCUCACAUGAUGGGAGCGUGACUGCAGCAGCAUCAUGGUGCUGGGCAGGGAGCGGCUGGCUCAGCUCUUUAGGCCCUAUGGGGAGAUGGACAGCGGGGAGAGCAGCCGGCUGCUACCCCAGGCAUCCCAGCUGACGGAGCUGCCCCAAUCCUCUGAUGACGACGAUGACAUCUCACUGCUGGGGGAUGCAGAUGAUCCCAUGGCCAAGCACGACCUGGAGGAGUGGUGCCCUGCCCUCUGCAAGCCAAAUGCCUUCACACACUGUGUGCAGCACUUAGCCUUCCUCUGGAACCUCCUCUUCCUCCUGCUGGGCCUGCUGACCCUGGCCAUAGGGGUCUGGGGGCUGCUGGCCAAGGGCGAGCGCUUGGCCCCGCUGGGCUCUGACCCCAUGCUGCUCUUUGUGCUGGCAGGGCUGGGGGCCAGCACCGUGUCCCUGGCUGGUUGUCUGGGUGCCCUCCGCUCCAGCUCCUGCCUGCUGCGCUUCUUUGUGGGGGCCGUGUUGGCUUUUGUGGGGCUGGAGGUGCUGGGGGGGCUGCUGCUGCUGCUGGCACGGCAACGGCUGCGGGAUGCACUGCAGGAUGCAUUGCUGCUCUGCAUGCUGCGCUACCAGGAGGAGCCCGACCUGCGCUUCCUGGUGGAUGAGGUGCAGCGCAGCCUGCGGUGCUGCGGGCUCAGCUCCUACCGCGACUGGGAGAGCAACCCGUAUUUCAACUGCAGUGCGCCCGGUGUGCAGGCGUGCAGCGUCCCGGCCUCCUGCUGCCUGGAUCCACGGCAGAACGGCUCCAUCGCUAACGACCAAUGUGCCUUUGGGGUGCUGCAACUGGGAGACAUGGAGGCUGCUGGCGUGGUGCACCUGGGGGGCUGUGUGGUUCAGCUGGGUGCCUGGCUGCGUGCGCAGGCUGGAGGCAUUGCCAUCGGGGCGGCUGUGCUGGUGCUGCUGGAGGCCACCGGGCUGCUCCUGGCACUGAAAGUGCUGGCAGACAUUGCGCCUGGUGGGGCACGGGGCUGAGGGUGUGCUGUGGGGAUGGAGAGGAUGCUGAGUGUUCCUCGUGCUCUCCUUCCCGUCCUUUGUUGUACAUGUGCAUCCCAUAAUAAAUCUCUGAACUCUA